CUAAAGGUCGAAAAGGUCGUUUCUGUCAAACUAAUAAAUUGUGAAGGUCGUCUGCUGAACCGGGGGAAUUUAUCAAAACUUUAAAAAAGUCUAUCAAAAAUGCCUGCAAAAUAUAAGAUUGUGAUGAUUCGCCACGGCGAAAGCGAGUGGAAUCAGAAAAACCUGUUCUGUGGCUGGUACGACGCUGAUCUCAGUGAUAAGGGGCGUGAAGAAGCCGUGGCUGCCGGCAAGGCCUUGAAAGCCGAAGGUUAUCAGUUUGACGUCGCCCACACAUCGGUUCUGAAACGAGCUCAGAUUACCCUGAACACCGUUCUCCAGGAGAUUGGGCAGCCAGACUUGCCUGUGAACAAAACCUGGCGUCUGAAUGAGAGGCAUUAUGGUGGACUCACUGGCUUAAACAAAGCUGAAACGGCAGCCAAAUAUGGCGAGCAGCAGGUCCAAAUUUGGCGCAGAAGCUUCGACAUCCCUCCCCCACCAAUGGAGAAAGACCACCCAUACUACGACACCAUUGUAAAUGACCCCCGCUAUGCUGGUGAUCCAAAACCUGAGGAAUUCCCCAUGUUUGAGAGCUUGAAACUGACUAUUGAAAGGACAUUGCCGUAUUGGAACGAUGUUAUUGUGCCACAGAUCAAAGAGGGAAAGAGGAUAAUCAUCGCCGCUCACGGAAACAGUCUCAGAGGCAUCGUUAAGCAUUUAGAUGAGCUCAGUGAUGCUGCCAUUAUGGAGUUGAAUCUGCCGACCGGCAUUCCUUUUGUCUAUGAACUCGAUGAGAACAUGAAACCUGUUGACUCAAUGGUCUUCCUCGGAGACGAGGAAACCGUAAAGAAGGCUAUGGCUGCCGUCGCCGCCCAGGGGAAAGCCAAGUAAACCAUAGACAAUAGUGCAACUAUAGACAAUCGUGUAACCAUAGAUAAUAAGGAUAAUCUGUUAUUUAUUUAAGGAAUGUGUCGCUGAACUUAUUGUAAUUAGAGUUGAUCACAAAUUUUAAAUUAAUCCUUUGAAUUUAUAAGUCAGGAAUACAAUAACAUGGAUUACCCAGUGAUUUGAAAGCAUAAUUUUUUUUAUAAAAAGAUUUCUUAAUGUGAUAAAUCUAUGUGCAAUUUUUAAAAAUGUUUUCUUAAAAGAAAUGUUUUAAUUUUAUAGCUGGAUCUAUGCCAACAGCUGUUACGAUAGAAUAUUUAUUCUAGUAUUGCGCUUUCGUGAUGAUAAUAAAAACAAAUUGAUGAUA